AUGGUUCUUACUGCACAAGUCUCAAAUGCAGGCUGCAGUUGGACGUACGACGCAUCAGAAAGUGCUGGACGUUUCUACAGUACGAACUAUCCUAAUGUGUACAGCGAUAAUAUCAACUGUAUCACACAAAUAUUCGCUACUGAGGGUUACGUUAUACGGCUCACCUUCGAGACUAUCGACAUUGAACAUCACCCUACUUGCAGAUACGACAUUUUGGAGAUACGAGAUGGGCACCUAUCCACAGCCCCUCUUUUGGGCUGGUUCUGUGGUCAUAAUUUAGCUCCCAAAAUCUUCACCAGUACCGGACCCAACCUCUGGGUAAGGUUCGAAACUGACAGAAGUGUCGUUGCGCAGGGAUUCUUCGCUCGAGUCGUUCCUGUCGGAUCAAAUGCAGUAGACCAGAAAACGGCGGUGAACUCGAAAGUCUUUAAUGUAACACCGACACACAAAGAUGCUUAUAACGGUAAAGAAACAGUUCUCUCCUGUAAAGUCACGGGAUUAGAAGCAAAAGCUACAGUGAGUUGGACCAAAGGAAACCAAACAGUAGACGGAUCAACUGAAGGGGAACUUAUCGGUAAUACUCAGAUCUCCACCCUGACAGUUAUCAGCCCACAAGAGGAUACGGAGUACACUUGUGUGGUUUCAUCUGGACGGAACCCAUUGUCGAAACCCUCUGAGACGCUUGUGUCACUCAACGUCUAUGCCACAGAGGUAUCAAGCAAGGGAGUACUCAUUAACACAGAAACAUCACUCGCUUGCAAAAUAAAGGGAAUAACCAAGGAAAUGUCCAUUGAAUGGACUGGAUUUGAUGAUGGUGACGACAAAUACGUGCCAAGUUCAGGAUCCUAUGAUUCUGUCUCCAACAGUCAAACAGGAACUCUGACUGUAAAAUCAGCAGCUGUCACUUCUAAUAAAACGUACACUUGCACUGUGUCCUCACUCCAAAACACUGAAUCAGACAAGGAGGAUUUUGAAGUCCACCUUUAUGUAUACGAUUUUAGUCUGAUAGAUUGGAAAGGUAGAGACGUUGGUGUGGGAGUACGAGGAUUACUGAUAGUCAAUGAGGGAACAGUUUGUAACGACGAUUUCAGUAACAACUCUGCCAAUUCUAUUUGUCGUAGGAUGGGGUACAGUGGUCAAAUUAGUUGGACUUCAGCUAAUAGAUGGAAAAUGCAAGGUGACCGACCCAUUACUAUGGAUGAUGUUUCUUGUAACACUGCUGGAUGGAGUUCAUGUUCGUAUUCAUGGACUCACAACUGUGAUCACAGUAAAGAUGUAUUUCUUCAAUGCGAGGGGGUUGAGUAUGAUACCUGGAAUCCCGUGAUACGAGAAACAUUCCUCAGUGCUAACUUGGAGACUUUGUAUCUGCAUAUGAAAACUAAUUCUAGUAGUUCUGUGGGAAAUAGAAAAAACAUUAAGAUAUGGUUUUAUGAUACAGACCUAUACCAGGCCGGAUCAUUCUAUAUCUGGUUUGUAUCCACCUACUCGGUUAAGUACCUGCUAGGGGAGUGUAUGCGUUACUACACCAGUUUCCCAGUAAGUUUGCCUGCAGACCAACAAAGGACCUGGAUGAUCAGUAAGCGUGGCAAAACCACAAAAGUAUACUGCAAUGGAAAAAUAGUUUUGGAAGUGGCUGCGUCCUCGGAGAUAUGCGACAAUCCAGAAUAUAGUACCACAUGGGCUACAUAUUACGGACGAGAAGCAAACGCAAUCUUUUUCCCAAUUACCCACACAGCUUCAGAAUUAUAUUACAUAGGUAAAAAACAUAAAGGUCAAAUUUAUAUAGAGAUUCGAGUAAAUAUAUGA